GGGAGCUCGAGGCAUGCCGGAGCGGGGUGGCCUGGGUCCUUUUAAACUCUUGGAGUAAACCUCUCAGUGGGACGGACAAGACUCCGGACGGGUGCUGGAGAGCUUACUGCAGGGCUGCCUGAAACCGGACCCGCGAAGAUGCUUGGAAACGCCACCCCAAUGACCCUGUCUCCUGGCAUAGCUUCCUCCAACUGCAACGUGUCCUUCGAGGAGAGCAGAGUGUUCCUGGUGGUGGUGUACGGCGCCGUGUGUGCGCUGGGCCUGCCGGCCAACUGCCUGACGGCGUGGCUGACGCUGCUGCAGGCGCUCCAGGGCAACGUGCUGGCCGUCUACCUGUUCUGCCUGGCGCUGUGCGAGCUGCUGUACAUCAGCACCCUGCCGCUCUGGAUCCUCUACAUCUGGAAACAGCACCGCUGGACCCUGGGCCUGUGGGCCUGCAAGGUGACUGGCUACAUCUUUUUCUGCAACCUGUACGUCAGCAUCCUCUUCCUGUGCUGCAUCUCCUGCGACCGCUUCAUGGCGGUGGUGUACGCUCUGGAGAGCCGGGGCCACCGCCAGCAGAAGACUGCCAUCCUCAUCUCCGUGUCCGUCUUUGUUCUUGUCGGGCUUGUCCACUACCCAGUGUUCCAAAUGGAAGAGAAGGACACCUGCUUCGAGACGCUGCCGAUGACCAGCAAGAUCGCCAGCUACUACUACUCACGGUUCACCGUCGGCUUCGCCAUCCCUCUCGCCAUCAUUGCCUUCACCAACCAGCGGAUCUUCAGGAGCGUCAAGCUGAGCGUGGGCCUGAGCGCCGCCCGGAAGGCCAAGGUGAAGAACUUGGCCACCGCAGUCGUGGUCAUCUUCCUGGUCUGCUUCGCCCCCUACCACGUGGUGCUCCUCAUCAAAGCCAUCGCCUUCUCCUACUACCAAGGAGACGUGGUCUCCGUGUGUGCCUUCGAAGGCAGCCUGUACACGGUCUCUGUGGUGUUCCUCUGCCUGUCCACGGUGAACAGCGUGGCCGACCCCAUCAUCUAUGUGCUGGCCAGCCGUUCACGGCAAGAAGCAUUUGGAAUUCACAAGGUGUGGAAAAAGUGGUCCACAAAGACGGAUGUCACCUGCUCGAAGGACUCAGAGGAGGUGCAAUUGCCCAUGUCACUCGCAAAUGGCCACAUGUCCCCGAGGCCUGUCCAUGCGCCAGAGUCAUAGCUGGCACAUGGGGCUCACUGUGUGCCCUGGAGAGGCUGAACAAACACUCCUGCUGAGCCCAGUGUGCUGCAGGGUGGGAUGGCCGGUGCAGGAGCCUGGGGGCCUGCUGCCUGGCCCCCCCACUGAGCCCACCAGCUGGGGUCUGUGGUGCUGGUUGUGCAGCCCCUCGGGAAGACACGCCAUCGAUUGCUCACUCCUGGAGCCACACCCUGCGGGAGCCUCUGCCCCUUGGAGGUCCCAAUCCGCUAGGCUCUCCCACUGGGUGCAGAAGCCCCACGUGGAAGGUGGCGGCACGCCCAGAGUCAGGUGAUGCUUCCGGCUGCAGGGAGCCCGGGGAGCUGGCAGCAGGCGAGGGGCUUCUUCAUACGUGGCUUGUUCUGGCUGGAUCUCUCGGCCAUUAGCAAACAGCAGGGCUGCUGGCAGAGGCCACGUGCCUGCCUGGUACUGCCGGCAGCUGGCACAUGCCGUGCACGGGCUGGGGGCCCGGUCAGCAUCCAUGGUGAUGACUUUAUUUUCUGUGCUUUUCUGCCAGCGUUGAUUGGAUGAUGGUGACAGUACAUUGUGGGGCCUUCGUGCUUCUGCCUCAGCACAUGUGUGCAAACUGUGCAUCUUUGCACAGUGCCCAGCCACUGUGGGACAGCCAGGAUGCAGGCGGGGGCAGGAGCCCAGCCCUGAGGGCCCUCGGCUGGGGCUGGCUCUGUGCUGAGCAGGUCUGACGCUGUAGGCUGCUUCGGACCCCUUGCGGCAGCUGCGGGGAAGUCUGCCAGCUGCUCUGGCUCCCAGCAGGGCAGCCCACGUGUCCUCAGCAUGGAGCCCCAGGAGCUCAUGUCAGGAGCACCCGUCAGCUAGAAACAUUGCUGGGCUCCCCAGGAAGGCGGCACACCUGCUGACGAGGCUCAGAGGAUGGUUGGAAGUCCUUCACAUCAACGCCUUCUGGCUUCGUUGUCAGGGGAGAGGCCAGCCGAGGGUUCGGGACAGAGCGAACUGGGAGCAGGCAGGUGACGGCCCCUCCGCCUCCAGCCCCUCACUAAGGUGCGUAUGGGGCCCGGAUGGAGCCCGGAACUGGGUCUGCCGUGUGGCCGAGAGAAAGUGGGUGCCCUGCAAACCACACAGCUCAGAGUCAGAUCCUGGCUCUGCCCCUGACAAGCCUCAUCUAGGCCAGGUCGUGUCGCUGCCUCAGUUUCCCCGUCUGUAGCAAGGCCAACGACACCUACCUCACCGAGUCAGCGUCAGGUGCUGGCCCACUACCUCUGCCUCAAGCACUUCACCCCUACCCCCAGCACAGCGCUGUGAACCAGCGAACCAGCGAGCUCAGCAGGCCCCCUGGGGCGUGGAGGGCCUGGCACCCGUGACACACAGUGCAGCGUCCCUUUGCCGUGGAAGCUCUGCUGGGCCGUAGUGCUGAAUUAUGUUCUCAUUUCUGUACGGCUGCUGUCGACUGUCCUUCUUCACUG